UCGAGGCUCAGGUUCCAGUUACGGGAGCUGUCAGGUGUCAGUGCUUCAGUGGUGGAAGCCGUGUGUCGUUAGCUUUGUCUGUUUACGAUAUGAGAGGACGGUACAAAAUAAAUGACCGCAGACGGGGAGAAGCCGACUCCUCUGCUCUGCUGGGGGACACCGCGGCGGGCUCACCUGUCCCAGGUGCAGCAGUGUGUGAUGUGGGAGGCACUAAGAAAGGUGCCAGACGUUCCAUCUAUGGUGACGACAAGGUCUACCUCGGAGUCCGUGUCAGAAUGCCAGUAAAGGAUCUGCUGAGAAACAUCCGCCUCACUCAAGGCUGUGGCCAAGAUUUGAAGGAGAGAUGCAGCAAAACAGCCAAAGGAGACUUAAAACGAGCUAAAACGAGCUCCAGGCGCCGAACCGUCAAGACACAACAGCCGUCACAAAGCCUGGAGGAGCUGUCAAUCAUCGUCGAAGUACUGGAAGAAGAUCUCAGGACUGGCAGCAGAAACCCAUUGUCUCCCCCACCCCUGUCCCCCACUGGUCCACCAGUUUCUCCUCAGCUGUCUCCAACUGGAUUUAACGGCGACGAGUACGAUGAAAUCAUUCCCAGCCCCCCGUCCUACAUGACCUGCUCUCCAGGCACAGCAGAGUACCACCAGACCCCUCCUGGCUUCAUGUUUCCCACCUGCCCGCCCUCGAUCUUUGGAAUUGUGAGCAAAAAUGGUGAACAAAGGCAGGAGUGGUUUGGUCCCAGGAAUUACAGUGAAUAUGACGUGAACGACAGCGCUUUCUUCUGGACACAGCUGCAGAAAGAGGAGGGCCAGCUGAGAGAUGUCUGCGAUGCAGAACUGCUGUCCGCUGAUGAACAUGGCAGGACAGUUCUUCACAGAGUAGCAUGUGUUGGGAAGAGGGCUCUGGGCUUUGCCAUUGCUAAAAGGAUGGCCACAGUCAACAGCCUGGACCUAAAAGACUCAGAUGGCAUGACUCCUCUUCUCUACGCAUCAAAACACAACCACCACCUGAUGGUGGCCGAUCUGAUCUAUCUGGGAGCCAACGUCAACGAGACGAACAACGCGGGAAAAUCCUGCCUCCACCUCAGCGCUGAGAGUGGCUACAUCAGAGUCCUGGAGGUUCUAAUGCGUGCAAUGGUGGAUGGCAUAUAUGUGGACGUCGAAGCUACUGAUAACUCUGGGAUGAGUGUGGUACAGUGUGCUUCGAUUGCUCUGAAGGCCACCAUCUGUGAGGUGGAAAGCAACGAAUCCCUCGGUCACAGCAAGCUCCACACACUCCGCCGAGAGCAAAUGAUGGAGACUCUGGAGUGUGUGCUGCAGAUGUGCAGCUACCUUCAUGUCAUGAGGGGGCAGCCCAGGACCGGCUGAUCUGCCUGGCAGGGCAUUUCAGAGACCCCGACGGUAACGUUUCGAGUACAUUCAGGCUUGUCUUUGUCUUAGAGAGGCUGUGAUUACUGGUGUGUGUUUUUCUCUCCAAGCAUGUGUUCAGGCCUGUUACAGAAACAUCUGACAUUCUGUGUUUGGCAAAAACGCCUGACUUGCAAUCAGGCGUUUACUGUAACCUGCACAGAAAUGUUAGGUUCUCAUUAGCUGGUUUCUAUGAAACUUCCAUUGUUUGUUACAUUGGAGUAACAACUUGUCCUCAGUUAGGGUGUCCAGCUGAUCCAAUCUCUUUAAGCUGUUAAUGUCACAGAGCUCUUUGAGGAGAGCCGUGACAUUGUUACCUAGAACCAGCCAUAGGAUUUAUAUGUUGGAUCUUUAACCUCUUGAAUCCACCAGUCAAGCCUUAGGUUUGGGUUUGGUCAACAUCCAGCCACACAAACACUGCUGUGCACGUGUGAAACACUUCAUUCAAAAUGUAACAUCUUCUAGUUUCUGAAAAUAUGGCUGUUUAGCAUGUGGCUAAAAACAAAACCCAGCUCUAAGUCUCGACGGGUGCCGGCGACGUGGUGGACGUUAAGAGGUUAAGAGGCUCUGAUACUGGAGGACAUUAAGUAGCGGGGACGAGGAGUCCCCCGAUCUCUUGUGCAUGUCUAACUUUUCUUUUCUUUUAUCAUCUCUGUGUCCGUGAACAGCUGUCACUGAUUAGUAAUCUGGUUAAACACAGAAAUGUACGAGUAUUACUUCAUUCUUGUUUCGAUGUACGCUGUUUGAAAAAUGAAACCACGGCAGUGAAAAGAAAAACCAAAUGAUAAAAUAAAAUGUAGUCAUGUUCAUAAAUGACAUGAAAGCUGUCCGUAUGAGUCUUUAAAUGCUGCGUCUGAUGUGUUUCCAUAUGUGUAUGUGUGGUUAGCUCGGUCACUGGUACACUGGUUAUAAAGUGAGGAGUAAAGACUGAUGGAGGAAUGUGGGCCGCUCUGCAAACCAGUGUGCCUGUACUGGAAAAUGAUAAAUAUUGGGAAUGCACCAGUAUAUUGGUUGAUGGAUAUUUACCAGAAGUGUCCCAUAAUUUUUAAAUUCCUAUUGAUAUUCCUGCAUAACUCACUACAAAGCUGAAACUAAUGACUCUUAAUGCCAGCACUUACUUUAAGCUGUGGUGAAAACGUUAACAACAGCACAGGGAGUCCUUUAAAUGACCUGAAAGUCCAUCUGCCAGCUAUGUUUGGUGUUCCAGUCAUUUAUUGUUUUUUGUUUAAUGUAUUUGGAAAAGAAUGGCAGCAUGUAUGUAAGACAGCUCGUUGUUAGCACGUUGUUUAUCCUUUUAGUUUUCCAAUAGUGCUGACAACAUAAAUAUGACAUAAAAUUAAUAUUUACAUGUUUGUUUGGGGUUUUAUUUAUCAUGUGUUCCUUGUUUGUUCAGGUCUGUUUUAAUACUGACUUUUUUUUUCAAUUUUGUUUAAUAUGUUUUGACUCUUUGACUCUGUACAUGUGAGUUUGAGCCAUACAAAGAAACUGACCAGACCAAAUAUAUGAACAUAUCUGUAUAUGUAUAUACAACACAAGAAGUCCUGAGCAGGCAGGGAGUCCGCCUGCAUUAUGAAUGAGAAACAGUGU